AAAACAUGGCGUACCAAGGCGGCUCGGGCGGCGUUGGUGGCGGCGGCGGCGCUGGAGGAGGCGGAGGAGGAGGCGGGAACUUCAUGUUUCCUGUUGGAGGAAUGGGAUCAACACAAGGCCCAGGUGUAGGGCCUGGCUUGCAGCCAUCACAAGGAGGAGGCUAUAUGAUGCCUCCAGGUGUGCAGAUGCAGGCAGGCAUGAUGGGAGGAAUGGGAAUGGCCUACGGGGGACAAAUGGCCUCGCAUAUGUCCCCGCAAGGAGCUGUAUGCAUGCAGGGUGGGAUUCCCAUGGGCAUGGUCCAGUCUGGAGGCAUGCAGUUCCUUGCCCAGCAGCAGCAACCCUUUUAUCAAAUCCGGUCAUCUCAGCCCACUUAUGCCGUGAGCCAACAGAAGCUGGCAGAGGAGCAGCAACGGAUGAUGAAAGAACAAAGAAAGAGGGAAGAACAGGAUAGGAAGAGAAGACAGUUUGAAGAGCAGAAACACAAAUUGCGGCUGAUGAGCAGCUCCAAGCUCAAGGCAGUUGACAAGCGUGAUGAUGCCUUGGAGGCCAUAAUGGGCAACAUUGCCGGCUUCACGCGGCAGGCAAAAAUCCAGCACCCUUCUACACCUCACAAGACCGAUGUUCCCAAGCAGCCUCAACCCUCACACCCUCCAGCCUCCAGCCCUGGUCGCCCAUCCCAGAUUCUUAUCCCCUCCCAGAACCCUGCCCCGUCCUCAGCAUUUGGUGGUGGCACUUCUAUGCAUGGUUCCUUCCCUUCUCACUUUUCCACCUCAUUACCGCCUCCUAAGGCAGUUUCUCUGGCACCAGCUGCUACAGGGGAUUUCGCAGAUUUCUUACCGGGCCCUAUCGCUUCCAUCCCGACCAUGUCUGCCGAGACUUCCAUCCAUUAUCCCAGCCACGAUGUCCCUGCGGUCUCUGACGCUUCUUUGCCACCUCCCUCCUCAACCCAAUCCUAUAGUCUCAGUGCUUCUUCACAUUCCUUUAACGAUUCCAAUCGCCCAAUAUCAGCACCACCUUCUAUACACCCCACUGCCCAAGCAGUGCCAACAUCAGUAGCUCCAAGCUUUUCAACGCAGGACACCCUACAACCUUUGCUACCUGCCUGGCUGUUCAGUGACAGCCUAGUUCCCGACGUGUACAGAAAAGUGCUGGAGAGCAGUAUGUGUCCAGCGGGAAUCGACACAUCGAAGCUGUACCCAAUCCUGUUGUCGUCUGGGCUUCCUCGUGAAACGCUGGGUCACAUAUGGGCCCUGGCCAACCGUACUUUGCCUGGGCAGCUUUCCAAAGAAGAGCUGUACAUGGUGCUAGCCCUCGUCGCGAUUUCUCAGAGAGGGGCAUCUAUGGUCAGUUUGGAGAGUCUGGGCCAAUUCCCAACACCGCCUGUCCCAACGCUCAACAUCCCAGCCUCCACAGGAAUGCAGGCCACUCCCAGCCCAGCUCACGCGAGUGUCUCCUCUACACAAGGCUUGACUCCACAGCUGGUCCCCAUCACUGGCCGGUCAAUGAGUGGAGGGACCGCCUUGACCCUCUCGGCCACACACAGCCCCGCUCACAUGUCCGUCGGUGCCAGCGGUCCCCUUCCCAACUCCUCAACAAUGUCUUCUGCCCCUUCGGUCAUUGGUUCCUUUGCUGGCAUGCAGGUUACUUCCACUGAGAUUGAUGAUUUCCAGGAUUUCCAGUCCGCUUCAGCUUUAUCCCCUGAAGGAUUCGGAGACUUCCAGGCAGCUGGACCCCAGAUACCAGCAGAUACUCGGGCAUCCUGGGCCACCCCGAUGGUACCCAGCUCAGUGCCUGCGUCAGCAGUCCCCGUGCUGUCAGGCUCUGACAAGUACGCCGUGUUCCGCGAGAUAGAAGACAGCCCCAAAGAGGUGCCUGAACCCCCUCCAGACCCGUCAGAUAAAUACAGCGUUUUCCGCUCCCUGGAGGCUUCAGCAGCUGCAGCGAAUGCAAUUGUAGCGUCAGGUGAAGACCCGGUUGUGACAGCAGUGCCCACUGCCAAUUCAGAAGACUUUGCCGAUUUCCAUGGCGCUGUAGAUGCCCCUCCUUCAUCCAUCAAUCCUCCACCAUCGAGGAUAACGCCAGCCGCGGUCUCGGCUGCGAAGGGUGGCAGCCUGACCGCUGACUGCUUCCAAGAGUCACCGCCCACAAGACCAGUGUGGGAUGCACCACAAAUGUCAGGUUUUUCCACUUUUCCCCCUAGUCAGGUGACACAUUCUGCUAGUGGUGUUGGACAUCGUUCGGACACUGCCACGCCCCCUCUUAUAUCCGAAGUGAAAGACGGUUCCACCAAGGCGUCGAGCGAUGGUUUUGCCGACUUCACGUCUUUUUCUGCCUUUCGCGGAAAUGAACAAAUUCAGGAGGAAAGUCCGUUCGCAGCUUUUAAAGAUUUCCGGGAGGUGCUUCCCAGGCAGGGUGAAGCUGAAGACAAGUAUAGCAUUUUCAGGCAGCUCGCCCAGGACACACCUCAAUCUGUGGAGGACCCAACUAAAGGGUCACUCGGCAUUGCCAUGGUGGGCAGUGAAGAAUACGAAUUUUCAGACAUGCAGGGUCCACUGCCUGAUGCCACACAGUCCAGCAAGCCGUUCGGAACUCCGGUGGCAUUGCGUUUCAACAUGCGGGAGGACACCGGCUCCGUGAAGUCUCUGGAGCUGCCGUCGGUGGGACGUGACGACUCUGACGACGCUUUGUCCGUCUCGUCGGCGGCCGCGGUGGCACCUGCCACGUCCUCUGCCCCCGCGCUGGUUGGAGGCGGCAGCAUGGCGCGUCUGUGCCUGCGGGAGGACAGCGGUUCGGUGAAGUCGCUGGAGCUGCCGCCAUUGGCGGGUGUCCUGACCGGGCGCGACGACUCGGAUGACGUGGCCUCCCUGUCGUCUUCCGAGCCCCGUGCGUCAGGCUCACUGGCUGACCUGCGCCACGUGACGUCGGACAGCUCGCUCGACCUGCCAGCCACGGUCAACCCCGGCCAGCAGCUGCAGAGUUCAACGGAUCUGGAGGAGAUGCGGUUUGAUCCGUUUGGGAGCUUUGGCGGUGAAUCGUCUGGGACCAGCAGCCUGACUGGCUAUGACUGGUCUGAGCACCAGGAUGUGACCACACACAGCCGGCACAAGACGCACGCACAAAAAAUUGAGCGACCCGAGGGGCGGAAGGCUCAGCCUCAGUUUUUUAUGGGGGCAGAGAAGCCCACGCGCACUGGCGUGGCGCUGCAUACCGCCAGCAGCAAUGAGAGCCUCCCAUCAGCGUGUGGCGCUGGAGAGACGGUGACCGUCACGGAACCAGUCGGUGCUGAGGAUGAGUUUGGAGACUUUGCGAGCACGCAGGAAGGCAAGAAGGCAGGUGCCCCUACUACUCAGCUGGAGGAUGGCGUGAAGGAGGAAGGCCGCCGCGCCAGCAGAUUUGACUUCCUGGCUGUUGCCGGUCAGUCCCGCGUGCGGUCAAGCGAGGAGAUGAUCCGUAGCGAGCUGGAGACCUUCGACCUGGCUGUGCAAGCUGGUGCCACACACAAGCGCAGCCUGAGUCUGGAUGAGAAGGAAGGGCAUAUCCCAGCUGCCCCUGAGCCACAGCCGAUGCCACGCGAACGCUCCAACACCCUCAGUGAAAAACCAGCGUUUCCCAUCAUCCGCGACAAAUACAAGGACCUCACAGGGGAGGUGGAGGAGAGUGAACGUUACGCAUACGAGUGGCGACGGUGCCUUAAGAGUGCGAAAGAGGUGAUUAAGAAGGCCAACACUGUGCUGAAUGGCAUCAGCAGUUCUGCAGUGUGCACUGAAGUCAUCCAGUCUGAGCAAGGCAUGGAGUAUCUGACAGGCGUUGUGGAAGUUUACCGCGUCGCCAAGCGGGUCGAGCUUGGCAUCAAGGCGGCGGCGGUGUGCAGCGGGGAGCUGCAGGGCCUUCUCAAGGAGAUCGAGCUGGUGUGGCACAACCUCAUGGCUUUUCUGUCCUUGAGUACCGCCACGCCAGACGAAAGCGCGUUGGACUUCUCAUCCUGCGUUCUGAGGGCGGGGACGAGGAAUGCUAAGCAACUGGCAUGUGGCGUGUGCCUGCUCAAUGUAGAGGCUCGCAGCAAGGCAUUUGAUGCCGAGUUGGACAGCUACAAGCUGGUGUAUGGGGGCCACCAGUACCACGCCAGUUGCGCCAACUUCUGGAUCAACUGCGUGGAGCCCAAACCACCCGGACUGAGCCUUCCCGAGUUGCUGUGACAGCAGCGGCGGCGGCGGCCGCCUUCGGUCAAAACGGCAGCUGUGCAGGCGCUGCUGGUGCCCUGCAAGGUCUUGUUACGAAGGUCACUUGUACGUCCGUGCGAUUGGUGCAAUAGCAAUAAUUGGGAAUAGAGCACAUAACUGUGUAUACGCGCACACACACAGAUACUAAUCGGUAUGAAAUGCUGUUUUCACGCAUUUUAAACGGCGUAAUACAAAACGUAAAAAUGUAUGAUAUAUAGCAGUGUGCAAGCACACGAUAAGUAAUCUGCUGUGUUUGCACCCAGUGACGAGUACACAGAAACAAACACAGAUGUUCAUAAGUCUCGUGUUCCCCACUGAAAUGCAGGAAUUGUUUUUGAUCUUUUGCAUUUUAUUCCCGUCGCUGGCAAUCUCUGCUUAAAUUGCGAUGUAUUUGUGUUUGUUUUUUUUGGUCAUGGCAAAAUUGUUGGUUUUGCUUAUUAUGGUUAUCCCAAUCAUGAGGUUGUGCUUUUCUCCAGCCAUGUGUGCACUAUUGAAGGUACAAUGUAAAAUAUGCCUUCUCUCUGACUGAACGGAGUGUUACGCGUCAUUGUUCUUAAUAUUUGCCAUCAAAGAUAUUUUUAGACAUUUCACAAGAGCAUUGUAUUGUGUGCUACAUCAAUGAUACUGUCCACAUUUUUUAAGGAUCAAACAGCCUUUACAGACAAUCGUUGGCUUUAAGUAGCUACGCUGGAUGAAUGUUUUGAGAGAAGAAACAUUCAGAAAAGCCAAAUUAACGAUAUAAAAAAAUGAAUUGCACCCAUCUUGGUUCACUGUGCGUAUUUGUAUAUCUGUAAAAUUAUAAUAUACUUGCAUUAUUUUUCUGAGAAUUUAGUCCAGUAGUGUGUAUUCUGACGUGUCUGAUGUAUUGUGUUUCUCGAUAUUUUAAGCUUUAUAUUUUGGCCUCAUUAAAUAUAGACCAAAUUUUAUCGACACCGCGCACCACACUGCAUUAUCAGUUGCAUCUUUAUAAGAGCGACCAUAUUUAUGUAAAUAUUGGUAUGUUAUAAAUAGUUCUGCAUUAACAUCAGCACAUUGCGGCAGUAAGGUUGGUUGAUAUGUUUAUUUGUAAGGUGUGUGCUUACUUGAACGUGUAUGUAUAGUCCUUGACUGCCGUAUAUUACGGUUUUCAUUUUAUGACAUUCCGUGAAUCGUACUGUGAUGCGUUUUCAUCUCUCUAAAAGAAUUUGUUUUGGUCCACAGCUGUGAAUGUGUUACCUCUGCUUUAGGAAUCUUCAAAUAAAUGGGUGUUUGAUGGUA